UGUCACACAAUACAGAGAGCGCACACCUAGCGUCACACAAUACAGAGAGCGCACACCUAGCGUCACGCAAUACAGAGAGCACACACCUAGUGUCACACAAUACAGAGAGCGCACACCUAGUGUCACACAAUACAGAGAGCGCACACCUAGCGUCACACAAUACAGAGAGCGCACACCUAGU